GACGUUCAUAUUUUUCGAUUUUUUAAUUCUAAAUUUGUCGUUGUAGACUGUAGGCACUGUCGAGUGCCUCGUAAAGGAUGGCCACACUCGCCGAAAAGAUGAGUACUUUCGUAACAAGGGCCAAUAUGUUCUUCACGAAGACCGAUAUGUGUGUAAUAUUUUUCGAACCUCUCCUUCCAUAUCAAAUACUUCUGCACUGGAAUUCAUACUUUAUGGCUUUCUUUGUAGUGUGCGAAAUAGGAACGACGGCGCUAAAAAUUCUUUCCCUCCCGUGUCCACCAGAUUACCUUUACACAAACUUGUUAGUUAUAGUGUUUUUGGCUAUUACCGAAACAGGAAGGCUGUACAUGGCAGUGAAAGGAAAUCUAGGGGAAGACGAUUUUAAGUCAGUGAUUUGUUCGUUAUUUUUGUGUCCAUUUUCUGUUCUAGGGACAGUUUAUUUGUUAACAUGGCAAGUUUAUGUUUUGAGACUAGAUUUUAUAAUAUGCGUCAUGGCACUCUCAAUGCAGUCUCUUGGAGCUUUGUGUGGUUUGUAUACGCUUUGGAUAAUGUACAGAGACGCUUUCUGCUGGUACUGAGAACAUAUGAUCUCUUUGAUUAUGCUGGAUUAAACCAUACAUUCCCCACAAUUGGUUAAGUACGGGGAGAAUGAAUGUGCUGAAAAGAUUUA